AUGCCCCCGGCGGACGGGCCGUUCUCGCGCUGCGAGGCCGACCGGGGCGCGCCGGCGGGCUGCGAGCAGUGGGCGGCAGCCGUUGCCUUCUCCGCGGGGAGCCCGAGGGCCGACGGGGGCCAGCUCACCCUCGAUGUCAUCGGGAUUCGGGCGUGCCGCGAGUUCCGCGCCCUCGCGGAGUGCCUGCAUGCCCUUCUCGCCGGGAAUCUGUCGAGGGUCUGGGACAUCUUCGUCAAGCGCUUCGUGGCGCUGGAGACCUCGGUCGCGGACGUGAGCUGGGCGACGGCCGACCUCCACAGCCUGCCGCCUGCCGACGAGUUCACCUUCGAGGCCCCGGGGGGCGGCUUCCAGGACGCCGACGCGCAGAGCAAGAUGCGCGCCAGCUUCGGGGGCGCAGACGUGCACAGGGGCACCCAGGUGCGCAUCACCUCCCACCGCCUGCUGUGGCACGCCGCCGCGGCGGAAGGUUGGCUGGCGCUGAGAUUGGACGGCGUUGCCUCCGCCAGCAUCGAGGCAGCGUGGUUACGCUCGAAGCGCUGCACGUUGAGACUCCGCAGUCGGGGUUCCGUGUCCAUCGUGGGCAGCGAGGACCGACUCCGCCACGGAGGACCUCUGCUCGCAGCUGGGCAAGGCCAUCUCUGCCGCUCGCUGGCGAGAGGGGUCGUACGAGGUGGCCACGAUGGGCGGCCUGGGCCGCAUCCUAGGACAGCGAGAUGCGCAGCGGCAGCAGGUCGCGGCCACCCUGGAGGGAUGUGGCGCUGA